UUUAUUUUGAAAGUGAAACACUCAUUUACAAUGUAGUGUAAAAUUAAAAUCAAAGUGAAAAGAUUUGAUGGUAGUUAUCUCAUAAUUAGAUUGAGACUUUUUACCAAGAGGGUCACAUUCCUUUACGAAAUAAUAGGUAAGCAAAUGCAAAUAUUGGCUUGUUCAAUAAAAAUGUAAAAUAGUAUAUAAUCCAAAGCACAUGACUGGCCAAAUGAAACGACACAUGUGACAGGAUAUAAUAACUGAUAUAACUGGGCUAGAGGCUUAAGGUCUUAUUAAAGGCAAUGAAGCACAGAUUAAUGCUUAAGGCUUAAAGCGCAUUAGAUCCGAGCCUCACACCAAUUACAUCAAAAAAACACUCGAGUACGAAAAAGCCUGAUGAAGUCAUACUGAAUCCUCUCUGCUGUCCAAACCUCCCCGUGCACUUUGUGUCCACAGACACUCCGCUUAUGUUAUUCACUUUAUCAUCUCUCUACGUUUGAUUGCAGCCGUUCACAUAGUUUUGCCUCUCAAGGUGGUGCGUUUGGUUUUUUUACAACCGGCUGAGGCAGAUGCUGGGGGAUGGGAGACACGCUCAGUGAGAAGCAGUAGAUGUUCAUCUCCGUAGGAUCAGCAUGAGGUCCACUCCUCCCCUCCAGCAAGACCUUCCCUGGAGCUUUGGCACACGGCACAAAUAACGUGACCUCACCUCCUCACAGCUUCCAGUGUGAAGCCGCUGCUUGCUUUCUGGCGGCUGUAAAUGUCUCCUUUUAUAGCUCAGGUGAACGAAGGAUGCAGUGGACAGCACUGAUCUUCGCAGUCCUGUUGAUCGGUUCCAGUAUCUGUUCGGUGUUGGGGAACUCGGUAUUACUGCUGGUGGUGUUAUUCGACAAGAGCCUUCAGACGGACACCUGGCCUCUUACGCUCAGCUUCUGUCUAAGCGAUCUGGCGUUGGGCAUCUCCAUCAUGCCGUUUGGAAUCCAUAACAGUCUUUUUCAAGUCAAGGGAUAUGCUAGCAAGAGUGCCUUCUGUCAGGGCAGCGCCUUCUUGUUUCUCCUCCUCCAACUUGCUUCCAUCCAUUCCCUCACCUGGGCCGCGGUCGACAAGUUCACAGAGAUCUGCUUUGCCCUCAGCUACGCCAGCAUCUUCACGGCUCACAGGGUCAAAAUCAUCCUCGCUGUAGUGUGGUUGUAUAGUCUUCUCAGCGCUGCCAUGCCAUUAAUCGGUUUUGGUAGUUACGGCUACAGCGAGACGAAGUUCCUCUGCGUUCCCAGCUUCCAACCGUCCAGCGUCGGCUUCAACAUGCUCUUCAUGGGGCUGGGAAUAAUCAUUCCCAUUCUUCUGAUGUGCUGCAUGUACGUAUACAUAGUUUAUGUAGCGUGGAAUCAGGUGAGACGGGGGACGUUUGUUUGCAACGAAGACCACUGUUUCUAUGUACCAGCCAAUAAUUACUUCAAGAGCUCCAUAGUAAUGGUAGCAACCAUAGUGUGCCUGCUUGUGUGCUGGCUGCCGUACAUCAUUAUCUGCUUCUACGAGACACUGACAGGAAAGGAGAGCUUGCAGUCUGCUUCGGUUUUUGCCACGUGGCUUGUGCUCUUCACUUCGGCUCUCAACCCAUGGAUCAACUCCAUGACUCAAACGAGGUAUAAAGUUGCACUACGAAGAAGAGUGAAUAAAAUCCGUCAGAUGUUUCGUCAUCCUCGUAAAAACACCCUCCCCCAGUGCACCACGAUACUGCCGGUGUGCGAGAGCAACAACUCCCCUGCAUCAUCUGCCAGCGUACCAACAGGACCACAAACAAACAACGGAGCACAACAGGACCUCACGCUGGCUUGAAUACGACCCUCAAUGACCUUUGGCCAUUUGUGUCGGCGGUGUAAAUUGAGCAGAUAUAAUCAUGAUUUACAGAAUCGCUCGCAGCAUCGUUUUACCCGACAAAACAAAGCACUGAGUCGACGCAGAUAACCAGGAGCAAAUUGCUGUUUAUGAUGUAAAGAGACUUGACCGAGACCUUGGAGGAAUAUGUGUCACAUAAAAAUGAAAUCUUUAAACAGCUCAAUUUAACCAAGACUGACUAAGGAAAGCAUCAUUUUUCUCUAAUGAAAACUGUGACGUGCAUUUCUUAAAGAACAAAUAAAAGUUGCUUUUAAAACACUGCUGAUUUUGAAAUGACUUCUAACACCUGGUGAUGGCUUAAAAACUAACAGAAUAUGAAUUAUUUUACUAUAUCAGGUUUGUAAUCAGUCAUUUGUGAAACAUUAAAACCAAUAAAAGGUAAUAAAACGCUUGAAAAAUCCCAUGCUUGAGAAAGUCUGCCCUCUAGUGGACCAUCUGCAGAUAAACUGGAAAUAUGUUUGCAAACCGAAAGUUGAAUUUCUGGGUUCAAAACAAGUUAAGCACCAUCAAUACUAUCUGUGGCAAUAUUUUGUGAACUCAGCAAACUAUAACCAAAAUAAUUUUGUGAGAUAAGCUGCAAGAAUGUAUCAUACAACAAUAGAUUAACAUGUAUUGAAAAUGGAUCUUAUUAAAAUAUAUCAUAUAGUGAAAUAAAGUAACUUUUAGGAGAAAUACAGUUGCGUAGCCUGAUAAAAAUCUACAGAGCUUUCUCCGGUUUGGU